AUGCUGCUGAAGGAAAAGAUAGUGUUUUGUGCUUUCUUUUUCAGGGGAGGCAAAAGAGUUUCACAGCAUGUAGGUGGGAAGUUGAAGAAGUACCACCACACAGCACACAGUGAAGCAAUGCAGCAUCUGAAGACACUUUGCAAAACUUUACAGCAGGAUCACUACAUGGACUUCAACCCCGAUGCUUCAGAAGACAGGAAGGCUAGUCCACAAGCUAAGAAUGCAACCCAUAGCCUGAGAGUGACCAACAAUUCAAUCCAUCGCCAGAAUAAGGAACACAAGCUUGCCACAGACCUGGGAAGGAUCUGA